GAGAAGGCAGAGCUCUACGGACCAUGCCGCGUUGCUGUGGGAGGGAGGGGGCCUGCAGACCAGGAGAAUCCUGGUCGUGGAGCCAUCACCAAAAACCGUGAGACUUUGGAACCAGUCUUCUGGCACGGCAAGGAGCGGCGUGUGGUGGAAGACUUUUUGUCAACUUACUCCAUCAGCGCCGUCAUUGAUUUGGCGGCCUCUGACGGCACAGUGGCGCUGGCCUGCGCCGUAGCACGGAGACGUUACUUGGGUUUCACGUGCACCAUGGUUCACAAGUCGCGGCUUCGUGAGCAGUUGGUCUACCAACUGCUCUCAGAGUCGUGCCGGCCAUCGGGGGCCUUGUAUGACCCCAAAUUGGCAAGGGCCCUUGGGGAUGACAUCCAAGCAGCACGCUUGGCUGCGCUCCAGUCGGAAGGCAAUGGCAGCGGCGGUGACGGGCAGGGUGACAAGUCUGAAGGCACCGCCCCGGCUUCCUAA